CAGCUUCAGCAUUACUUCUAUACAAAUUAUUAUUUGUUGCACUCUGUUUUCUUUUCUGCGGUGCUUUUUCCAUUCAGUUGGGAAAUGAAGGUUGUGCUGUAAGAUCCACACCUAGUUCUCAAGUUACAGAGCAGUGACCACCCUGAGGACCAUUUACCAGCUAGUUAUAAGAAUGUGUGGAAAACUUAUGUUAGCGAUAAAGUUUGGAAUUGUACACAAUGUAAGUCAGCAAGUCUGUGCGAGAGAGAUUUACUGAAUGGAAUCAUUCAUGACGUUCAGGGAGAAGGUCAUUGCAAAUGAAACAGCCCAACCUCUAGCUUUCACAUUUAUACCAACUGUUCAAAGACUGCCAGUGCACAUUCAGGUCAUCAAUACCAUCAGAUCCUCACCUUGGCCUGAAAAGCAACAACAGCCAUCCUCGGUAAUGAAUGAGCCUUUGCAUAUCACUGAAGAGCUGCCCUCAGCAGGUGUUACAAUGGCAGAUACUGUUGAUAGAGGAAAUCCUAGGCAACAGUUGGAGAUAAGCCAAAGCAGGUCGAAUGAGGGAGGGGAUGUAUCUUCUCAAGAAGCUGGAUCGUCUGAAGGGAUUUUCAAAGCUGAACUUGUAUUCUUGGCAGAUUCGUGUGGAACUAAUGGUGAUCAUUUUUCAAGAGAAAAUGAAGCAGAAGUCAACCUUUCAGCAAAAAAAUUACCUUUGUCAAGCCUGUCUCCAAAUCGUUUUGUUGAUGACAAGAAUGGGAGUAUUCAGAAAGAACUAAUAGUGAAUGAAUCAAAGGCCUCUAUGUUACAAAACACUGAGCAGAAGGUGGACAGGAGUCUGCAAGAGCCACUUUUACAGUCAAGCACUUCCACUUGUACACCUGAUAACCUCAUUACUCAACCAUUAACCUGCACAACUGAGAAUGGAGAUUCUAUCCCAGCUAAUAUGCGACGUAUUUGCAGUUCAUCUUUGUUAAAUAAAUCUUUAUUCUGCUUUCCUAUCAACACAAAUUCAGAAAAGAAAUCUUCGAGUUUACCCAGAUCCACUUGCUUCACUUCCUCGGAGACAUCAUUCAUAUCUUCAAACUCUUUGCCCUCAGCCCUCAAUAGUAGCUCCCUUUCUCCAUUCAGAUCUUCCUUUAUGAAGUCUACAAUAGCUUCACCUUCCUAUCCCCCAUCCCCAUUUCACUCUCUGAGCUGUAGUGAUUUGCAGUCUUCUCCAACCUGGUCCUCCUCAUCUUUGCCUUCUUCACGGUCCACCAUGUGCUCUUCAACUCAUGUGCAGUCAUCACUUCAUUCUUCAAACCAGAAUACACACUCUUCCACUGCCCAGGGAAUUUCAUGCUAUUCACCCAGAAUUCAUAGCUGUUCCAGUCAAACUUCAACGCACAAGACUGCAGCAAAAUCCACUGUAUUACCUUCUCCUCCAACUCAGUUGUCAUUAUUGACUUCCAUUCUAAGAUCUGGAAAGCGGCCCUUUGUGUCAUCUAACUCCUCAGAACAAUCAAAACCAGUUUCUUCAGCAACAUCCCUGAGCACCAUUGGUUCACAAUCGCCUAAUAAAUCUCUAAAUAAAUCUCCAAUUUCGACUACUGUACAAGCAUCACCUUCCUGUCAAAAAACCAAAACCGUUUCCCCCACACCACUGAAGCCUAUGUCAUAUUCUUCUGGAAUACUUGCAGGGUUUUCUUCAAUCUCAUCAAGAUCCUUAACCACUCCUUUGUCCCCAGAGCCUGGAAGAAAGACUCUUCAUUGCUCAUUUACAUCUUUAUCUGAAAAACUUGGAAACGUUUCCACAGAUUCAGCAGAAACGUCACCCUGUCUCUCAUCCGUAAAACAUUAUGCUAAUUACUCGAGGCUAAGCAACUCUGCACCCACAAUGAUAUUUUCUGAUGCUGCAAAGCCCUGUAUAUUACCCCAUUGUCCUUCCCAAAGACAUGGUUUACUUUCUCCCAGCACAGGACAAUUUUCUUCACAUUGUUCUUCACCAAUCAGUUCUUUCUCCCCAGCACAAGAGUUGGAACCUCUUUUAUCAGAUUUAAUUUUACCCUCUGAAAGAUCCAGUCAAAUUUCCCCCUCGCCUCAUUAUUCCAGCUUGAAUUACUGUCCUGGAAAGUUUGAUACUGUCUCUCUUCCUCCAAAAGUUUAUUCUUUUUCUCCUUCUGCAAGACCCUGCAAUAUUUCUUCCAUAUCAGAACAGCCUGUUCCAUCUUCCAUAACUCACAUGUCUUCAUCAUCUGUUCCUGUUAAUUCUUCAUCACAAUCUGGUUCCUUCACUCCUCCUCCAUUGAAUAUUAGUUCUCUUUUGUCUACACCAAGGUCAACCACUGUGUCUCCUGCCCAAAAUCAAAUAGUCCCUUGCUCUCCAUCAUUAGGACUGAGCUCCCAUUCCCCUAUUCCAAUUUAUUCUUUCUCGCUAAGACUGGCUAGCCCAGGACAGUUAUCUUUUCACCUUUCCCCUCUCUCUAGAUACAAUGCUAAUGUUAUCAAUCCAACUCAUCCUACAGCACAUUUCUCUAAGCCAGGGCUUGAAAUAACAACGUCAUCUGGUUCUGUUCAAUCCCUUCCUCCAUCAUCACAUUUCUCAAGGUCUGAUACACCGUCUCCAGCACAAUCUUUACCCUGUUCUACCGAGACUGAGACAAAGAAACCACAAAAGUACAAGAUCAAGUCAAGUUAUAAGGCUUUUGCAGCAAUACCAACAAACACACUGCUUUUGGAGCAGAAGGCCAUUGAUGAAGCAAUCAGUGACUCUGAGGAAUCUCCAGCAGCCAGCACAUUUGGGAAAACCCACUCACAGUUCCUACAUGAAUCAGAGAGUCUCAGGCAGCAGUCUGAGGAACUGUAUGCUACUAUUGAGCAAUUGCUUAAGGAUCCACUGCCAAUGCGCUCCUCAAGUUCUACUCCCAAAUCCUUGCAGAAGCUUCAAUACUCAGAAGCACACAAACCCAUUAAUCCUGUGCAAAAAUCAGCUGGGAGAGAAACCAAAUAUGCCAACCUCUAUCUGUCAGCAUCGGAGUCCAUGGAGAGUAGGCCUACGAGACCUGGUGUGAUUCGUCCAAUUACUAUUGUUCAGAAGGUGCCUGCAGUUUCAAAGAUGAAAGAGAACAAUCACAACCCAUUCAGAAAACACCCUGAAGAAUAUGGUGAUACUGAGUGGCUGUGCCCAUUAUCCACCAUCCUAACUUCUGUCUCAUAUCCCAGUUUGUGCUGCAAAACGUACCAGCCCAUGCCGUGCCCUCAAGACAUGUCCCAGUCAAUUCCACUGUCACUCUCACCUGUCACUUGUCUAACCUCUGGAUCACAAAUUCGCUUCUCUCCAAUUGCCCCAUGUAACUACUACAUGACCUCUAACCUCUCUCGCAGUUUCCACUCCCUGUACAUUAAGCCACGUCACUCAAUAACCACAAUCCAUGAAAAUGAAGCUCUGGGAAUCAAUGAGAUCAUUGAUGCAACGACAGAACUGAACAAGGAUCAGCAUCAAAGCCAUAGCAGUCAAAGGGGACUUGAGAGAUCAGUACUGCCAAACACUGACUACAACCAGGAAGCAUUGGUGAUCUCAGAAGAGAAGUAAGAGCAAGCUGUCAAUCAUGGGCAGAGCUGGUCCUUCACAGAUCAGAAGCAUGGACCCCAUCAGACAUGCAAUGCCCAGAUCAGUGCAGGUGGCAAAGGAGCUAGUGUCUCAUUAACUGGCUCAGGGAGAGAGUCCAGUGCCUGA